AUGCACGUCCAGACCGAUACCCGGGACGUCGACGAUCGUCGCCCCGAGGACCAGGGUGAGCAAACACCGCCGUAUCGCUCACCGAACCCUGAUGGUUCUGUUCGCAGAACCCCGUCGCCUCAGCACGUCGAACAAGAACUCGACCCUGGGAGUGCGCCAUCUCGGCGCGCACCGUCCCCUGCUCCUUCAGCUCGCUCAGAGACGCGGCGCACGUCCGAAGCAAGUAUUCGCGACAUGUGCCAGCGGUUCGUCGAGAUGAUCAACGACCGUCUCGAAGAUUCGGACGAAGUCAUCCGAAACGCGGCGAAUUUCGCCAACACCGCGUUGCGUGACGUCAUGGCGGCUCAGCAACGAGCGGCCGAGACCCGCAACCUCACGCGAACAAUGUUCGAGAACAUCCGAAGGGAAUUGGACCGUCUCAGGUACGAUCCAGCCGAAGAGGAAGAAGAGGUACGUGACGAUGUUCACGGUCCUCGUGCCUCUCCGCAUUCCAGUGACCCCAGACAGCCAUCGCCGCAUAUUCGCGACGACGACUACGUCGAGACCAUGUCGCUCGAUACCAUGUUCGCGCCGAGGCAACUGAACGAAUCUGACACCCAAUACGCCAACCGUGUUUGGCGUCGGGACCAAUUCUUGGACCGCCAAGGUAUGGAACAACGCCAACGUGAACGUGAGGCUCGCAUCGCGCAAACUUGGCGCGAGGCAGCAGAACGGCACGGUGGCGAUCCGUAUGCUAACCAGCCGGCCCAAGGCCCUUAUCCAGGAUCUCCAGACGGCGAUGACGACCCGGAUGAUGGAUCCGCAGGAGGUUCGCGUCGACCACCGUCGCGAGAGCAUCACCCACCUGGAGGUCAUCCACGUAGCCAACGUGGAAGUGGAGGUCCCCCGCCGCCGCAUCCGCCAUCUGGUGGACCACCUGAUGGUGAUGGUGGAAGUGAUGGGCCGGACGAUCACGACGACGAGCGCGAUACCGACAAUGAUGAUCAGGACGCGCGCGAGCAUCCGCGUCGGGAUGAACAUCGUUUCACCCGUAGCCCUUCAUAUCUAGCUAACCGACGUGUACCUUUGUACGAUACGCGCGCUGGUAAUAGACGAGUUCGUGACCCUUACGACCCGGACUACGAUGAUACAUUCCGGGCUGAAGGUCUCCGAAUGAUACGAAGAUUAGUCCGUGAGAAACUGUCUGAGAGUAUGCCUGACAGCAACGCGCUCAAGAACAUAAAGAACAUACCGACACCAUCGCAAUACGAUGGUACAGAUGACUAUGAGCAGUUUGAAAACUGGCUCAAGACGCUGCUUCGCUGGAUGAGUCUCUUCCGUCUAGGUGGAACAACACUUGACAAGGAACGAUUGUAUAUACUCGGUCAGUUCCUAAAAGGAAAGGCUGCUGACUGGUAUAAUGAUACUAUCGACACGCCUACCGCAAACGGAAGGCCCUGGACAUUCCUUGAUGCACUCUGUGGACUAUUCGACAGAUUCUUACACCACGCGACUGCUAGUACAGCAGCCGACAAGUUCUACGCUGCUAAGUACACCAAGGAAGCUGGUGUUAAUGGGCUAUGGGACUAUCUCAUUAAGUAUGCAGCUCGUAUGCCCAUACCACCUGACGACUACACGUUCGCACGUGUGUUCACAGAGGCGCUGCCGAGUGACAUCGGCGUUCCGCUGUUCCAGGCGAAGAACGUAUCGGUUGAGUCGACUCCUCUCCAACGACUCCGACGCCUCGCCCUGCAACAGGAACAUAAUAACAAGCAGGUCGCGGCCUAUCGCGCGAAACAUGCAGCGCGAAGUAUGUCAGCUAUGCCCAGCACUGCGGGUAAUGUUACGGCGCGAAACACUGAACAUCGCACCGAGACGAACCAUCGCGAUAGUCGAGGGCAUGGUGCUCAACAGGGAACUCGUAAGUUCAUUCGCUUUGUUCGUCGCUCUGAUCUAUUGGCCGCGGCAGCACGCGGAGGAGGCGCACCUCUAGUUCGCCCUAAGGGACUGCAACAGCCCGCCCAGUCUAGUUCAAAUGUCCGUGGCGGUGCAGCGCCUGUAUCAGGCAACCGUCCGUCGGGCCAGCAGGGUGCGUCACACCAUUCCCAUCCACAUGGUUCAUCGCAGCACUCGCGUAAGUGCUUCAACUGUGGCGAAGAGGGACAUUUCUCAAAGGACUGUCCCCAUCCACCGCGCACCAACUUCCGUGCUGCGCGUAUUGUUGAUGAUCGCGACGAUUCCGAUUUGAAUGACUCAGAACGCCCAUCCGGCAAUUCUAGCGAACCGCCUGAGGCUUCACCGGACACGGCCCAGGACACUCCUGUGUCUGCUGCCGAGGCAGUUAUUGCCGAAAACCAGGACGAAGUACUCGCCCAGUUGGAGGACGAGUACCUCGCCAUGGAUGGAUCACAGUAUGAUCCAGACGAGUACAUCGCUAUGGAGGAUGUACUCGAAGAAGACGAGUCGGAUGAUAUUGUCUAUUAUGGAUCGAUGCGUCGCAUCGACGUGUCACAAGUCGACAAUGACCUUGUGGAACACAGUGAAAUUUCUCAGGGAGAUCAUACUUCUUAUGGUCUCCGUGUAUUUCACAUUCCUCGCAAUGUUAGCCUGCAGGAUGACCAGGCUGCAAAUGCCAGUAUCUUCGAGCUUGAGUGGCGUCACGCGCUUAGUAAUGGCGCUGACAACAUCGAUUUUGAGUCAAUAGACAACCUCGCUGUGCGCGAGAUCUUGCGCAGAGGCCCGGCUAUUGAAGCCGUAUCCGAGAGCAGCAGUGCAUCCUACGAACGUUUCGCGGAUGAUCUCACUGGCCCUGUCCCAGUGGAUACUGCAAUAGCAGCUAGAUCGGGAGAUCUUGAUGUGAUGUCGAUCUCGUCCGACGAGUCAAUUCCACCUCUUGCAGAGGCUCCCGACGCUUAUAUUCCAAGUCCGGAUUUUACUGACGAAGAGACUUAUGCUCUUGCACUUACAGGCCGUUUACGCACGCUGAACCGCGAGCUUCAAUGGACGCGAUACGAGUUGCUUCGCAGCCUCGAGCGCUACCGACCGAGCGUGGAAGAUCGUGAACGCAUUCGCGAACGAAUGCGUGACCAGGAUUGGAUGGUACGUUCUAUGAACAUACCAGACUUACCGUCUGACUAUUCAGAUGAUCCCUCGCACGCUACCACCAUUGCACUUGCUCAGCAAGUGCUCGGAGACGACGCGGACAUGCACGAUCCGCCUCCGCCAUAUCCAGCAUUGCGAGCAAUGUUAGCUCGCGCCGCGCGCAUCCCGGAUGCGCCUAACUCAAGCACACAGUCCGUAGCAACACGCGCAACCGUGCGACGCACUGUAACGGGCCGCCGGCCAGAUCUAACACGGUAUGACCAAACUUGUCUUACCGCGUACUUGACAAUCAACGGGCUUCAAGCCUUGGUUCUGUUGGAUUCUGGAAGUACCACUGACUCGAUUAGCCCAGAUUUUGCUCGCGUCUCAGGCAUACAAGCAUUUGAGCUCGAGAACCCUGCUAUACUGCAACUCGGCUGUGUUGGAAGCCGUUCGCGCAUCAACUAUGGCGCGAAUGUACCCGUCAUAUGGGGUACUUUCCGAGGUGAGGUUUAUUUUGAUGUUGUCAAUUUAGAUCGCUACGACGCCGUGCUUGGCACGCCGUUCAUGCGAAAAUUCGGAGUCUGCCUUGACUUCGCACAGUCUUCCAUCCGUAUCGGACAGCAUGUCAUACCCGCCUUGCUUCCGCGAGAGGAGGAGGACGCCGCCAAUCGCCGACGGCGCUCCUUCCCUUCUCGUCGUACCGCCACAGGUGUGACGGUGCAGACGGCCAACCCGCCUGCGCCUCCGCCUAAUGCUUCACAUUGA